GCUGGGUGUGUUGGUCGGCAGUCCAGUUGGUCCGGACUCCUCCGUGUUGCAGUCGGUCUCCAGGAUGAAGCUCCUUGCUUUCUGCGCGCUGCUGUUGGUCAACAACUGCUCAGCUGACAGAGCAGCAGACUCUCCGUCGGUGAGUCUCCAGCCCUGGUUGGUGGGUCUGACGGCCGUCGUUGGUUUCCUCCUGCUCGUCUUCGUCGUCGUGAUUGUUCGCAGACUGCUGAAGAAGAACAGGGACGACGAGGAGGGAUCCACCUACGAUAAAGUUACCGGGGCCGCUGAAGGGGAGACUAAACAAACCAGCCUGUGAUGAACCGGCUCCAGAAACACCGUUCUGACAACUAUGGGGACAAAAAUACAGUGAUGGACACGCCUACAUUAUGACAUCAUACUGACAGUUUGAUCCCAGUCUGCUAUUGUCUAUCACGUAUGAAGUUGUCAGGUUCUGUGUGUGUAUAUGUGUGUGUGUGAUGUUUAAAUUAAAACUUUCAAA